GAGUACUCCGCGGCAGCGGGCCCGCCCUCCUUCCCGGGGAGGCUGCCGCCCAGCGCCCGCUCCGGCCGGGUCGGCUCCGGGCCCUCUCGGCGCCCGCGAGAGGCGCCCCCCCGCUCGCCCCGCCCCGGCGUCCGCACCUUAAAUGCCGCCAAGGCCCGGGCGGCCCCGACGGGGAGGCGCCGCGCAGCCGAGUGACGCGUCCUCGCGGGCCACGCCCCCACGGAGCCCGGCGACCCGCCUCCCGGCCCCGCUGCGGGGUGCGAGGGCCCCGGGCCCGGCGGGCUCCCGGUGCGCGACAGCGGUCCCCGCGGGCCGAGGCCCCGCGCCUGCGGUCAUCGCGCCCCUCCGGCCGGUGGGUGGCGGGGCCCCCGGACCUCCGGACCCCGCAGCGGAGCCGCCUCCUCCCGCGCCGGGGGCGGGGCUGCCUGCCCGCUGAGGGCGGGCCUCGGGCGUGCUUUCCGGUGAUGGCGCCGCCCGGCCCUGGACGGCGCCGCGGCCGAGGAGCGCCCGGCCCGCGUUGGGAGCAGGUCCCGAACCGCGUCCUGCGCGGGGCGUGUCUCCGGGGCGGGAACCGUUUCUCCCUGAAAGACACGGGAGUCACGUGGGCUGAGGAAGAACUGGCGGCGGGGACGCGAGCAGGAGCCGGGAGGCAGCUGUGAGGGCGGCAGCACCGGGUUCGACUGAGAUGAAAGCUUUUGGGGAGGGAAACUGCCGCAGGAGUCCCGUGUCCGCUGUCCAGACGUGGCGGCACCGCGUCGGUCCUUCCACCUGAGGACGCGCCCGCGGGGACACCAUGUCGGCGCCGGCAAAACCCGCGGAGCUGGCCCCGGGCCCCGAGGAGACGCCCCGGGGGAAGCCGCUCCUCGGCUGGGGCUCCCUGUUCGGGCCCCGAAGUGAGAAGAUCGUCUUCGCCAAGAGCGACGGCGCCGCCGAGGAGAGCGUGCUCACCGUCACCAUCACCGAGACCACGGUCAUCGAGGCGGACCUGGGCGUGUGGAGCUCGCGGGCGCUGCUCUACCUCACGCUCUGGUUCUUCCUCAGCUUCUGCACCCUCUUCCUCAACAAGUACAUCCUGUCCCUGCUGGAGGGCGAGCCCAGCAUGCUGGGCGCCGUGCAGAUGCUGUCCACCACGUGCAUCGGCUGCCUGAAGAUUUUCGUCCCCUGCUGCCUGUACCAGCACAAAGUCCGGCUCGCCUACCCGCCCAACUUCGUCAUGACCAUGCUGUUCGUGGGCCUCAUGAGGUUCGCCACGGUGGUGUUGGGUCUGGUCAGCCUGAAGAACGUGGCGGUUUCGUUCGCUGAGACGGUGAAGAGCUCCGCCCCCAUUUUCACUGUGAUUAUGUCCCGGAUGAUCCUGGGGGAGUACACGGGGCUGCUGGUCAACCUCUCCCUCGUCCCUGUCAUGGGAGGCCUGGCCCUGUGCACAGCCACCGAGAUGAGCUUCAACAUCCUGGGCUUCUCAGCCGCGCUGUCCACCAACAUCAUGGACUGUUUGCAAAACGUUUUUUCCAAGAAGCUCCUCAGCGGGGACAAGUACAGGUUCUCGGCGGCCGAGCUGCAGUUCUACACCAGCGCCGCCGCCGUGGCCAUGCUGGUUCCCGCCUGGGUCUUCUUCAUGCGUCGCCAGCACCGUGAAGCACGCCCUGUCCGUCUGGCUCAGUAUUAUCGUUUUCGGCAACAAAAUCACCAGCCUGUCGGCCGUGGGCACCGUCCUGGUGAUGGCGGGCGUCCUGCUCUACAACAAGGCCAGGCAGCACCAGCGGGAGGCCAUGCAGAGCCUGGCCUCCGCCAGCUGGACGCCGGAGGACGGCACGGAGCCGCUGGUCCCCAAGGACCCCAGGCCGCACCACUGAGCGCCGGGGCCUCGGGGUGCGCGCUGCUGUCCUCCUGCCGGAUGCGGCCCCCGCCCGCCGCUGCCCGACCCCCCGGUCAGCUGGGUAGGGAAGUGCAUGUGCGGCCAUUCCUGCCCCUUUCGGGGGUUGCAGUCCAAACCAGCGGGAAUUUGGGGACCCCCGACGUUGGCUCCCUGGGGGCUGACCAGAGCCAGCUGCCGCUGAGCCAUCGCCAUGGAAUGUGAAAACUGCCUCGCGCGGCCCCUGAGCCAGACGCCGAGGGCCGGGACCCGCCGGCCUCUGCUCGGCCCUCGCUGGGCACACAGGUCUCCCUGCAGGCAGGCCCGGCCGGUUCCUCUGUGGGCGACACCCCCACAGAGGGGACGACCGUGAGCCAGAGCCGGGUCCAGUGCCACCGUGAGCGCCCCUGCUGGUGCAGAUGGAGAGAUCUCACAGCCCACGCCAGCCAGCAGAGGCCACCCUGCGCCAGGGCAGAGGCCACCAUGCCCCGGGCCUGGGCACAGGCCAGGGAAGUCCAUGCCAUGGGGUCUGGCAGGGCGUGGGGAGGGGACACGGCACAGAAAGGGGGUCCCUGCUGCUCGGCCGGGAGCCGGGCCUGCGGGGCGUCCCUCCGGGUGGGCGGGCGGCGGAGGCGGGAAGGUGGCGUUGGCAGUGCUUGUCGGUGUUUUGUGAAAAGGAAACCGGCACCGACUCUGGGGGCACCGGUGUCAGGGCCCGAACUCGGCGCGCUGUGCGCCCAGAGCUGACCGAGGACCACGCGUGUUUGUGCCUGAGUUGGGCUGCGACUCCCAACCUGGUGGAUUUCUGAUGGGGACGCUCCACCGCCAGCCAGCCUCAGCCUCCUUCGCGCCUUUGACCAGCGAGCUGAGCCCUGGGGCUUGUCAGAAGCAGCCCCCCUGGGUGAGCAGGUCUGGCCCCGCCAGGAGCCCGCCUGCAGGGACUGAAAUCCCUAGAAAAGGAGCGGAAGGCCUCGCUCCCGUCCCGUCUCCCUCCUGCUGUUCAGGCCCCUGGUUCCCGCGGGUUUCUAAUCGGAAACUAGGAACAGAGCCUCCGGGAGGCCAGGCCUCUCGGAAACAAAGAGCAAUAAUCACGUCUCGUGAAGUCCUGCCGACUUGAAAACGCUUGCCGUGCGGUGAAGUCAAGAGGCCUUUGAACCACUCGGCCUUUCUGCGGGGCUGACCGCGGCCGCAGGACCGGCGGGGGGGUCGCCUGCUUGGCAAGCUCCCCUCACUGGACGCCUCUGCGACCUCCCGGGAUUCUGUCCCCUUCCCUCCUCUUCUGCUUCCCCGAAAACCAGCUAAGGAGGACGCCCCGCCGGCGGCCGGGGGAGGAGAUGUCGCGUUGAUCUGUGGGGACCAGGGUGAAAGCACUGCUUCCCCGGCUCCUGCCCCGCCCUCGAGAGCCCCAGCCCCACGGUGGGUGGGACGUGCACAGAGAAGGGCCUUCCCGCAGGCUCUGCCAUCCGUAGUUAGAGAGGCCGCCGGCUCCGAGGAUUGUCAGGGACUGACGUGCCCCACCCUCCACUCUCUCCCGAGGCUUUCCCCCGGUUUUGAUUUUCUGGAUUUUGGACCACAAACAAAAUGAAGAUUUUCUUAAAUUAUUAGCAAAUGAGGCAACUUCCUGCAAAGCUGCUUUGGAGACUUUUCUGGUUGGGGCUGUGGCUGGCGUGCCCUUGCUCGGGGCUGACAUUCCUUCCAUUCGUCUCGUCGCCACCACUGAGUCUCCAUGCCCGGGCGCUGCCAGGAGUCACAGCCACAGCCUCACCCGGCCUUCUGUGGAAUGACUGUGCAGACGUGAUGCGUUUUUCAUGAACUCGGUCUCGUUUUUACAGUGUGUCCUCCUCGCUGAACGGUCUCAGGUGUGUGUGCACCAGCGAUGACCAGGGAGUCGGCCACGCCUGUGUCCGGUUGUCUGUGCCUUUGUAAACAAACACUGGAACCAGGCCUGGGGCCGUCGCCUGCUCACGCCCAGCCAUACCGAGACGCGUUCACAUCGCUGGCUUUCAAAGCGUCCACUACUGAAUGGCAUAGAAAGCCUCUUGUUUUUAAAGUCCACUAGUCAUCAUUUCUGCAUAGCAGUGUGAGAGUCGUCUGCCUUAGGAAGCUGAGAACAUCCUUGCACAACCCAAAAUGUGUCUUUAAUUUGAGAAAAAAUAAACACGAUGAACAGGAAACAGGGAAAAAUGUGCUGCUCCAAGAAGGCUCCCCCGCAGAGCUGUGCCGCGGCCGCGCACGCAACGCUUCUCCCCAAACCAGUGGUGUUUGUUUCCUGCGGACGGUCACUCAGCCCGGCCCAGGGGGUGGUGGACACGCAGCCUGGCUUUUUACGUCUGUCCAGCUGAUGUGCUUCCUCGGGCUGGAAGUAUUCUCACCGUUUCCCUGGGCUGGAAAAAUGAAGGAUGUCACUGCAGAUAGAAACCUCUGCUCUUGCCUUUGACCAACGUCGUCCUGAGGACGUUAUUCUCUCCCAGAACAUGUACGUGCCCUGACGGGGGCCCCUCCGUUUUCCUAGACGCCCCAGCGUCCGAGGCAUCUGUUUCUGUUCUGGCUGAGGAGCCAAGAGCAGACGAGUCAGCUGCUCCCCGGGCUGCCAGGACAUAAAACCUUCAACCGGCUGGCUGCGAUUCUGAGUGAUGGCCACAGGACCCAUGCCCAGAUGUCCAAAUUGGGGUACAGACUGUCCUAACUGGCAAAAUCUUAUGUUUGUCUGGGCUUUGUCCCCCACCUCCCACCCCCCCACCACCACCACCGUCUUCAUUUGAGGAAAGCUGCCCUUCACUGCUGUCUGAGUUGAGUCUGAACCUGCCCGGGGUGUUGUGGGCUCCACGCUGGGAAGGCUGGUCAGGGUUUUCCCACACUGGGAAACGGGCAUUAACUAAAAUAACCAUCUACAUCAGAGCCAGGUCCUCUGUUUUCUGCCAAAUGAGCUGUGAAGUCCAGCCCAGGAUGCCCACAGUGCUCUGUACUUGGCCUGUUUCAGUAUUCAUGGGACCAAACAGGAAGUGGUUGUAGUCGAGUCGCUGUCAUCCCACCUGUGGUAACGUGUUCGCCCUGUGGUGCCGCUUGUCCUUUGUCUACAGGAAGCCCCGCAGCCACAGCCUGACUCUCGCUCUGCAGAGUCAAAUAAACGCUCUGUGCUUGCUGUC